AUGCCUCUACUUUUCAAAGAGUUGAAGUAUGUGGUUAAGCCAUUCGCCAAUUUAGCCAAAUUUUCGGCUAAACAUCCAAUUCACGUUAUUUUGAUCUCACUACUAAUUGCAGCAACUACAUAUUUAUCGGUAAUUGAACAUUAUUUCAAUGGAUGGUCGGUAGAGAGCCGAGGGUUACUUUCUUACCAGGGCUCUCUUUCUUCAAACUCUGUAGAGGAUGACUGCACUCACUAUCAUUUCACACCCGAAACUGCACAAUGGACAGAAGUUUCCUACGAAGAUGUAGAAAAGCUUAGAUAUCAAUCUAUCCCAAUUGAUCACUACUAUUUGUUGCCAUUUGAGUUCCAUUCUAAUAACAAAAGUUUAGAGUGGCCUAAACUUGAAGGAAGCGUCUACCAAAAUGGAUCUGUUGAAUAUUUAUUGAAAGAUGAGUUCAAUGUCUCUAAGACAUUGAAAUCAGAAGAUGAGACUGAGUGGACUCUAAGAGCUCACAGAUACAAGCUACACGACGUCAAGAUUUUUGUUAUCUCGGUAUAUCAGGAUCUUUUUAACAGAAUUAACUCUGCAGAACCGUUCGAUAUUUUCAUCGUUGGUACUGCUUACGUUGCAAUGGCAUAUACUUUGAUAUCUUUAUUCAUCGAAAUGCGAGUUACUGGAUCUAAAUUCUGGAUUGCUUUAGCUGCUGUGGUCAACUCAGGAACUGCUUUUUUUGUCGCACUUUACGCAACUCAAAAGAUUUGCAACAAACCAGUAACCGCACUGAGUUUGAUUGAAGGUGUUCCAUUCGUUGUGGUUAUUGUUGGUUUCAAGCAUAAGAUUAAGUUGGCCAAGUACGUAGUGGACCAGUUCAAGAGAUUCGAUGUCUCACAAAAGGUAACGACUUAUCAAGUCGUCUAUGAUGCAAUGUUGAACGAAGGUCAACGUCUCGUUCAAGAUCAUUUGUUAUGUCUUAUCGCUUUUGGUGGUUGUGCCGUGUAUGCUUCGUCCUUAUCCGCUCUUUCGAACUUUUGCUUCUUCUGUGCUGUAUUAUUAGGAUUUGAUUUGUUCAUCACAUCAACUUUCUUUGCAGCAGUCUUAGCACUUAAAUUGGAAAUAAAUAUUAUCCACAGGGCUACCACCAUCAAACAAACAUUAGAAGAAGAUGGUGUGGUUCCAUCGACUGCUGGUAUCAUAUCUGAUUCCGAAACACUGAAAAAGAAUAAAAUCUUGAGGUCUAAUACAACUUUGACAUUGGGUAAGCUUUUAUUCGUAGCAGGCUUCAUUUUUUUCAAUUUCUAUAACUUUAGUGCUAGGUGGACUUAUGAGACAUUCGCAACUCUGUAUGCGAAAAGUACUACUACUGAACUACCAACAUUCAUUACUUCUGUUAUUCCAAACAAAAGUAAAAGUGUUCUAAUUUCUGUCGCUCCUUCGCAGUUCUACGAACCAACUAAAGCCUAUUUCCAAGUUGAAGAUAACAUUUUGUCCCUUAUUCGUUACAUCUCUAUUGCUAUUCGCGACAGAUUUGUCAGCAAAGUUCUAAUAUUCUCGUUAGUGAUAAGUGCAUCUAUCAACGUAUAUCUAUUGAAUGCGGCUAGAAUCCACACCGAAUUAACCGCCAAUGAUAUUCAAAAGCAGCGCGCUUCCAAAAAAUCUUUCAAGUCUCAUACUGUACACAACGAAAACCAGUCUCCCUCGUCCAGUGCCAGCAACGAAACUAAGGUCGAAAAACCGGCGGAGACUGUUCCAGACGUUGUCUCUGAUCAUGACAGUGAAACUGAAAGUGAAUCUGACCAAGAACCAACCACUGUCCGUUCGUUAGAAGAAUUAGUGACCGAAUUAAAGGAUGGUAAAGUUAAAUCAUUGAAAAAUAAAGAGGUUGUAUCAUUAGUUGUCAACAAUAAGUUACCUCUUUACGCUUUGGAGAAACAAUUAGGCGAUACAACCCGUGCUGUUGUCGUUCGUCGUAAGGCUCUUGCUAUAUUAGCUGAUGCCCCUGUUUUGUCUACUGAACGUCUUCCAUAUAAACAUUACGAUUACGAUCGAGUAUUUGGUGCCUGUUGUGAAAAUGUCAUUGGUUACAUGCCUCUACCGGUUGGUGUUAUUGGUCCUUUGAUGAUCGAUGGUGUGUACUAUCACAUUCCAAUGGCAACCACUGAAGGUUGUCUUGUUGCAUCUGCUAUGAGAGGUUGUAAGGCCAUGAAUGCAGGUGGUGGUGUACAAACUGUCUUGACCAAGGAUGGUAUGACAAGAGGUCCUUGUGUUCGGUUCCCCUCGUUAGCCAGAGCUGGUGCUUGUAAGAUCUGGUUAGAUUCAGAAGAAGGUCAAAACAGGGUUAAGAAGGCGUUCAACUCAACAUCAAGAUUUGCUCGUCUUCAACAUAUACAGACAGCAUUGGCUGGUGAUUUAUUGUUCAUUCGUUUCAGAACCACUACUGGAGAUGCCAUGGGGAUGAAUAUGAUUUCUAAGGGUGUUGAAUUCUCAUUAAAACAAAUGGUGGAAGAAUUUGGAUGGAACGAUAUGGAAAUUGUUUCAGUUUCGGGUAACUUCUGUAUGGAUAAGAAACCAGCUGCUAUCAAUUGGAUUGAAGGGCGUGGUAAGAGUGUCGUUGCAGAGGCUACAAUCCCAGGUGAUGUCGUUAGAAAAGUGUUGAAGAGUGAUGUCAAGGCGUUAGUUGAUUUGAACAUCUCAAAGAACUUAAUUGGAUCUGCCAUGGCAGGUUCUGUUGGUGGAUUUAAUGCACAUGCAUCGAAUUUAGUCAGUGCUGUGUUCUUGGCUCUCGGCCAGGAUCCAGCUCAAAACGUGGAAUCUUCCAAUUGUAUAACGUUGAUGAAGGAAGUGGACGGAGAUUUGAGAAUCUCUGUCUCUAUGCCAUCCAUCGAAGUUGGUACCAUUGGUGGUGGUACCAUACUUGAACCACAAGGGGCAAUGUUAGACCUCUUAGGCGUACGUGGUCCACAUCCAACACAACCAGGUAAUAACGCCCGUCAAUUAGCUAAGAUCGUCGCCAGUGCUGUUAUGGCUGGUGAACUAUCUCUAUGUAGUGCGUUGGCCGCAGGACAUUUGGUACAAAGUCACAUGGUCCACAACAGGGCCAAACAACCAGCAACUGAUGGAUCUACAACCAACAAUGCCACUGCCACUGCCACGGCAACACCAUUGACCAAUGGCAAGAAGCCCUUGACCCCAGAAGAAUUGAAAACUUUGAAAGAAGGGUCAGUUAUUUGCAUCAAGUCGUGA